AGCGGGUAAAAUUUGGCGCCGGGAACAAUCUCACAAAUUUAAAAGGAAAAUGAGCGAUCAUAGAGAAAGACGAAAAUUAUGUAGUUCAAAAAGAGUGCCUGUAUUCUUAGCUUUAUUCCUCCUGAUCGCCACAACCACCAUCUUCUUCGUAUUCCCAUGUCGAUACCUCGUCACGACGGUUUCGCCUUUGAUAGCUGUGUACGAAGCGAUUUUAACCUUGGUUAUCAUCAGUAACUUUUUCCAAGCUACGAUUCAAGAUCCUGGCAAGAUUCCCAGAGUUGCCUUGAAAGCCAUUCCAGAGGAUGAUUUCAAAUCACCGCUGUUCAAAAGUGUUGAGAUCAAUGGGAUCCAGAUUAAAAUGAAAUGGUGUGAAACUUGCAAGUUUUAUCGACCACCGAGAUGUUCACAUUGUAGCCUUUGCAAUAGAUGCAUUGAGGUGUUUGAUCACCAUUGCCCCUGGGUGGACAACUGUGUUGGCAAGAGGAACUAUCGAUAUUUCUUCCUGUUCUUAUCAUCCCUCACCAUACAGCUCAUCUCUGUGUUCACCUUUUGCUUGGUGGCAACCCUUAAAUUAGAUGGUGAUUUUAAGGAUAAUAAUGUUAUUGCAUCUCUUAUAAUAAUGGUUAUAUGUGGUCUAGUGGCCUUUCCAGUCUUUGGCCUUACUUUCUUUCAUAUUGGGUUAAUUUCCUGUGGCAGAACAACAAAUGAACAGGUCACUGGAAAAGUUCGAAAAGGUGUCAAUCCAUUCAAUAGAGGUUGCUUUGCAAAUUGGGAAAAUGUAUUUUGCUCUCCUAUACAACCUCGACACUUGCAUUGUGAAAAACUGGACGAAGGAAGAUCAGUUGUAAACGGAGAAGCUUCACCUCACGACGUGAGGUUUGAAAUGGAAACGUUGCCGAAUCAUCAGAUGUCCUUUACAAACACGCGAAAUUCCAAUGGGACGAACUCGACUAAGACGGACGGAAUUUCACCCCAACCGUUGCAAAGAACGAACCUUGAAAUUCCGGAAAACCAACCGGAGCCCAGUUCGCUGCGUUCCCCACGAAGUCCCAACGCCCGGGGUUCCACACCCGUGUUCUACACCCCUGAUAAACAGCCCGGGCAAAUGAAGGUUUAUCGCGAGGCGGAGGUAUGACGUAAUACAGUUGACGGCAGCCUGCGGGAUCGGGGGGGGGGCUGAUGAUUACAUCAUGAACAACACGGGGGGCUGUGCCUCUCCGAAGUACUACAAAAAUAACAUUUAUAUCAUUGACCAGAAAACUAGAAUGGGUAGCCAAAUAAUGUAACUGUUGUUAGUUUUUUUGUUGCAUUUAGUGAAUCGCGUUUAGAAUUUUGAAGUUAUACAUUCUCCAUUCGGGAUUUUCAUCUAUGAAUGCCGUUCUCUAGACUUGCGGUAAAUUGCCAUUACUGUCAUUACCAGGAGGAUUUUGCAUGUUGAUGAAAUGCUCCAUGAAUUUAUCGCUUAAACUUGAUCUACAUUUGCUCAAAUAUUUCUCAAAUUUCUGUAACCGCCGAGUUCACGGAUGAUGCAUUCAUAAUCACAGAUCAGUGUUCAUAAUAGGUUUUAAUCAAUUUGCGAGAGCCUUUCGAAAUUAUUCUAUUUACGCGUUCAUGUGACUCACAGUUUACAAUAAUAGUUAACACGAAAUCGAGACUCGAGACUUUGUUCUGAAAGUCUGCUCUAUGACGUAUUUCGGAGAAAGCACGUACCUGAUUGGUCAACUGGGCCCAUUGAUCAAUCAGAAGCAUGCAUGCUUUGUCCGGAAACUACGCCACAGAGCAGACUUUUUGGGAAGGUUUAUACCACAGACUAGCCUGGGCGGUUCGCUAAUUUACCUUCAAUUACAAGAACUUCUGCUUGAAAAUAACUUGUGUUGUGCGCCUUAGUCAAACACUCAAGUUCCUGUAGUUUAACGCGAAAAGCCUGAUGCAACACGAAGUUUGAUUGGCUCGUUAGCUUUGGGCAGCCAAUCAAACUUCGUGUAACAUCCGGUUCUCCGCUUUUAACAUUAUGAAAAAGUUUACUAUAAGCGGCAAAAAAGCUAUAAAAAUUCAAGGUCUGGUCAGUGUCUUGUUUGUGUGGCACAUAAACAUUGUGUGUGUCGAAGCAUGUUUGUAGUGUUAAAAUUGCAUUUAUUUUAAUUUGUAGAACUUGGCACAUAAUGAUAAUGUAACAAUAAUC